CGGGCGGUGUCAGUUGUGGCACUUCGCGUCCCCGUUGUGGCGCGUUGUGUUGUUGUUGUGUACUCUGUUGUUGUGUUGUUGUUGUGUUGUUGUGGUGGUGUUGUUGUUGUUGACGGUGCUCGCUCUUCACGAGAGACGUCGCGUUGCGAGGAGUUUCGCAGGAAUAGACGGUGACGAUGUCGGACAAAGCGGAGCUGAAGGCGGAGCUGGAGCGCAAGAAGCAGCGGCUGGCGCAGAUCCGCGAGGAGAAGAAGCGCAAGGAAGAGGAGCGCAAGAAGAAGGAGGUGGACGUCAAGAAGGAGCCGGCGCCCGAUGAGUCGGAUCUGGAAAAGAAGCGAAGGGAGACGGACGCCCUCCUGCAGAGCAUGGGGAUUCCCGCCGAUGCCCCGCUGUCCUCGGUGCAGGACUCGCCGACGCUGUCCAAGGCGGUGAGCACGCCCAGCGAGGCCGGCAGCCAGGAGUCCAUGGAGACGGUGGCCGCCGGAAGGACCCUGCAGUGGGACUCUGACCCCACGGUUUUACAGCUCCUCGCAGACUCUGAGUCAGGGCGGAGAGGCCACAAGCUGGGCCUGGCCAAGGUGACGCAGGUGGACUUCCCGCCACGGGAGCUCGUCACCUACGCCAAGGAGACGCAGACGCCAUUCCCCACCAGCCACCCCGCAGACGAGGAGGACGAGGAGGAGGAGGUAGCGGCGCAGAAACCCUCCUCGGAGCCCGAAGCGCUGGUGGAGCAGAAGGAGGAGGAGGAGAAGGAUGCUGCCACGCACGAGCUCACCGAGGAAGAGAAGCAGCAGAUCCUCGCCUCGCACGACUUCCUGGGCUUCUUCACGCGCAGCACGCGCAUCAUCGAGCGUGCGCUCGCCGAGGAGGGCGACAUCUUCUUCGACUACAGCGGCCGCGACGGCCUGGAGAAGGAGGGGGAGAUGCAGGCGGGCGUGAAGCUGUCCAUGCAGCGGCAGUUCUACGACGAGCACUGGUGCAAGCACCGCAUCGUCACCUGCAUGGACUGGUCCCCACAGUACCCGGAGCUCCUCGUGUCCUCGUACAGUAACAACGAGGCGGCGCCCAACGAGCCGGACGGCGUGGCGCUCGUGUGGAACAUGAAGUUCAAGAAGUCCACACCCGAGUACAUCUUUCACUGCCAGUCGUCGGUGAUGUCCGCCUGCUUCGCGCGUUUCCACCCGAACCUGGUGGUGGGCGGCACCUACUCGGGACAGAUCGUGCUGUGGGACAACCGCUCCAACAAGCGCACGCCCGUGCAGCGCACGCCUCUCUCGGCCGCCGCACACACGCAUCCAGUUUACUGUGUCAACGUCCUGGGAACUCAAAAUGCUCACAACCUCAUCAGCGUCUCCACCGAUGGCAAGAUGUGCUCCUGGAAUCUUGACAUGCUCUCUCAGCCCCAGGACAGCAUGGAGCUGUCUCACAAGCAGUCCAAGGCGGUGGCCGUCACGUGCAUGGCCUUCCCGCUCGGCGACGUCAACAACUUCGUGGUGGGGAGCGAGGAGGGCUCGGUGUACACGGCGUCACGGCACGGCAGCAAGGCUGGCAUCUGCGAGAUGUUUGAGGGCCACCAGGGCCCCAUCACGGGCAUCGCCUGCCAUGCCGCCGUGGGGCCCGUCGACUUCUCCCACCUCUUCGCGACGUCGUCCUUCGACUGGACGGUCAAGCUGUGGAGCACCAAGAGCAACAAGCCGCUGUACUCGUUUGAGGAUAACUCGGACUACGUGUACGACGUGGCGUGGUCGCCCACGCACCCCGCGCUCUUCGCCUGCGUGGACGGCAUGGGCCGCCUGGACCUCUGGAACCUGAGCAACGACACCGAGGUGCCCACGGCGAGCGUGGUGCUGGACGGGGCGCCGGCGCUGAACCGCGUGCGCUGGGCCCAGUCGGGCCGCGAGGUGGCCGUCGGUGAUGCAGAGGGCCGCUUGUGGAUCUACGACGUGGGAGAGCACGUGGCCGUGCCGCGGCCCGACGAGUGGACGUCAUUCGCCAAAACGCUCACGGAGCUGCAGGCGAACCGCGCCGACGCCGAGGAAGAGGCCGCCGCCAAACUCACAGCCGCCCCCCUCUGAGAGCCGCCGCGCUCCACCGUGCCCCCCACCGCUUGGGCUCCUCUACCCACCCGACGCUCAUCUACCCCGCGACUACCAUCACCCGCCGCUCACCUCCUACUACCACGUCGUGGCACCCCCCCCCCCCAACUCGUCUCGCCACCAACCCACCGCGCAACGUUAACCACGAGCCGGUUGGCUCGCCCUCCCGGCGCAGCCACUCAACCCACAUCUCACUGCCUUCUCCGACCACCACUCUCCUACCCCCACCAUCACUCCUGUCACCCCAACCCAUCCACCUACCCUACCCCACUCUAUCCCACCCACCCUACCCCACCCUACCCACCCUACCCCACCCACCAACCAUACCCCACCCUACCGACCCAACUCCACCCACCCCACCCAACGCCACCCCAACCACCCACCCACCCCUGCCCCACCCACCCACCCCUGCAAUCCACCCACCCCUGCAACCCACCCACCCACCCUGCCCCACCCACCCUUACUUUACCCUUAUCCCACCCACCCUUACCCCACCCAACCACCCUUACCCUACCCCACCCCACCCCACCACUCCCAUCUUCCCUUCUUGCACGCACCCCUGAGUCUUCGGACUGCUUUAUACGCGAUGCCGCAAUAGGCCAAUGUGAGCAAGCGGACCGCGAUGCGCUUAACCGACGGUGGCCAAAGCAAAGAAUUGCACGUAGGCAUUGCUGUCGCUUUGCGUCUGCUGGGAAUAGAGGAUUGGGGGGUUAGAGUCUCGCGCGGGUUAAGUUUGCAGUUAGGUUCACGGUUAAGCUUGGUGUUGUAGUUGAGGGAUGGGUUUGGGGUCAAGGGUUGGGGUCGGGGUUGAACAACCCCCACCCACCACCCGAUUUGUCACAGAACCACCCGCUCCACCACCACCGAACCGCGUGCGAUUCGAAUGGAGUUCCAGCGCGACUACCCACAGAAUGUGAGCCCUGCUGUGUCCGCUGGGGUCACGGAAGGGGUCAGCCUCUCCGUCCUAUCCGCUCCAAGCGGGGGUUUGCUGCGAUAGAAUCCCUUUGCCGAUGCGGUGCGGCUGUUGAAUUUCAUGAGCCCCCCCCCGGCGACGAUCGCGACGCCCGUUCCCUCGGCGCUUGCGACUGAGCCGCCUUUUGCUUACGUCGCGACUUUGCUCUCCCUCCGACGUACUUCCAGGCACGAUUACAGAGCACUUAAAGGGUUGUUCCUCGACGGUUCGCUCAACCGAAGCCCUCUCGUCGUUGCAGCUGUACAAUCUGCAAUGCAUACGCUGUCAGAAAACGCCGUGAGUGUAUCCAGCAAACAUUUUACAGUGCUCCGGUCUCCUGGGCAACAGCUCUUUUGUUUAGACCUUUAAUUGCUGUUGUCAACAAUUAUUGGUAUUUUGUAAACAUUGGGGGUCAGGAAUUUUUACUUUUAAACGUAUACAUAUAUAUAAAAAUCGGUGACGGUAUUGUGCAGCAGGCAAAAAAAAAAUCCAAACAGACGAUACGAUUACGGCAGUUCUUGACAUCGUGCGACGUGUCGUAGUAUCGCGAUAUCGCGGCAACAACCCUGGCCGUCGGGGG